AAUCUGAGUGUUAGCAAAAUGUCAAGAACAGGAGGGAAAACUUUUGCAGAUGUUGUGUAUCCCUGUAUCCCUCCUAGAGAGACGGGAAUGUUGAAGGUGACUGAUAUACACACUUUGUACUGGGAGGUGAGUGGACUAGCUACUGGAGAACCUGUUGUUGUGCUUCAUGGAGGUCCUGGAGGAGGAACUGAUCCAGACUACAGGAGGUAUUUUAACCCUGAAAAGUACAAUAUUGUAAUGCUUGAUCAACGAGGAUGUGGAAAAUCUACUCCACAUGCUGAACUCCAAGAUAAUAAUACACAGGCUCUUGUUGGAGAUAUCGAAACCCUUCGAAAGCAUCUAGAAAUAGAAAAAUGGUUUGUUUUCGGAGGUUCUUGGGGAUCUACUCUCAGUCUAAUAUAUGCUAUUCAUCAUCCUGAUAGGGUGAAAGCUCUGAUUCUCCGAGGUAUAUUUAUGUGCAGGAGAUCGGAACUACUAUGGUUCUACCAGGUGACAUUUUGUAUUAAUACAGACAAUGUUAAUUUUGGACAGUCUCAUCCUUUGUGGGUAACCACUAACCCUGUACUUGAGGUCUCAAUUCUUUUGAGAAAUAGUUCUCUUACAGGAAAAAGUUGUAUUUGUAAGAUUUUAAUAUGUUUUUGUUCUAGCUCUGUCCGUGAAAGUGCUGCCCGUGAAUGGUGCUUGUGGGAGAUGUCGACGAGUAAGCUGAUACCUGAUACUAAAUAUCUUGAUAAAGCGGAUAAUCUGGAGUUUGCGGCUGCUUUCUCCAGAAUCGAGUGCCACUACUUUGUAAACCAUAUUUUCGUGGAGGAAGGAUUUAUUUUGAAGAAAGCGCAGAUACUCAAGGAUAUUCCUAUAUUUAUUGUCCAGGGUAGAUAUGAUGUUGUAUGUCCUAUGAAAUCUGCUUGGGAACUACAUACUGCUCUUCCUCACUCUAAACUCACGGUGGUUGCUGAUGCUGGACAUUCAAUGGGUGAGGUCGGAAUUGCUGAAAAGCUCGUUGAGGUCACUGACCAGCUUGCUUAAUGGGAUCACUCACCAGCUUGACUAGAAGAGGUCACUGACCACUGACCAGAUUGGUUGGCGUAGGUCACUGAUCUUUUAUCUUAAUAUUAUUGAUUGACGUGUAUUUAACCUUUUUUGUUAAAAGGGUGGUUUGUCCUAUGUAAUGUAUUAAUGUGAUAAUGUGCAGCAGGGGUUUAUAAAAUUUUUAACAGUUUGUAAUAAAAUCUGUUUUUUUA